AUGUUUUUCUCAAGGAUGCUCUGUGGACUGCAGAGGAUGUCAAUUUUAAAGUGUGGAGACAACAGUGGAGUAAUAAAGGGAUGUAUAAUAGGACUCGGUAAAAACAAGCACGGGACAGGCAAGAUUGGAGAUAGGAUCAAGGUGUCAGUAAGGGACAAAACGCCCGAGUGUAAUCUGCAAACCAAGACGCCGAGGGGUAUAAUAGUCAGAAGGAAGAAGGAAACGUGUCGCAAGGACGGCAUGGUAUUCAAAUUUGACGAAAACGCAUUCGUCAUAAUAUCGAACAAUAAAUUGCAAGGAACUAAGAUAAAAGGCCCAGUGCUAGUGGAAACUAGACAUAGCUGUAAAUCAUUGUCGAAUAAAAUACUUUGA